CUGACAUGGUGUUAAUAUUUAGCUGCUGGUUGAUCCUGGGGAAUCUGCUGUCGUCUUUAGGAGUUUGGAGAAAGCCAGAGAAUCAGCUGUUUUCCUCCAGCUGGAGGGCAAAGGAGUGAUUCGUUUGGAAGAUAAUGUGUGCAACUGAUUGAAGAAAUAUUCAAGUUCUAUAUCUUCUCCUGCGAUGGCCCCAGAGCUGCUGACUGUCAUUGUGGCGUCAGUGUCCUGUGUAGCUUUUUGUGUAGUGAUCUUGAUGCUGGUGGUGGUCUUCUACAGAAAAGAUCCUCUGUGCUGCAGAUUCAGACCCCACAGGACAGAUAACUAUACAGAUGAUCCUCCCCAUUACCACAGCCAGCACUCUUUGAUUGGCAUGGGCCUUAAUGAGCACAGGGCGGCCAUGAACCAGGGAGCUGUUGGACCACAGCAUCCUGGAAGGCUGUUUAUAAUAGGGAAGCCGAAUGACUACCACCUGAACGAGGCUCUGCCGAGGCUGCCUUCCUAUGAGAGCGUCCGUAAGAAGGACCGGCAGAGACAGAUCCACAGCAUGAUCUCACAGCGCUUCGGCCUUAGUGGCUGCCAGGAGGAGCCACCACCAACGUAUGAAGAAACCCUUCGCCAGUCCUGUGAAGUUUCACCUGUACAUCUGCACACUCUGGAUGUUCACCUGUCAAUCCACACCCAAGAUGACUCUUCAUACGUCAGUGAAGACACAACCAACCCCCAUCAACCAUCCAUAGCACUCCAGGGACCGUCUUCCUCCUACUGCACAGCACAGAGCAAUGUGUUUCUGUCUAUCUGAUGGUCCUAGAUUUCGCUGCCAAGCCACAGCAUGAGGAAGAGGACUGCUGUUGUUAGAGCCAAGAGACUGACGUCAACAGGGACAAGAAGAGAGUUUUUGGGAAGGGAGUGCUUGUGCUUUGAGGCAGAGCUGUUGAUAGGCGAUUCUGCUUGAAGGUAUUGUGAUAAUGAGUGUAACUCAAGCUGAGAAUGAUAUAUCUCUGCAUUGUCCAUGCAAUUACUGGAAGGUUUUAAAUUGUGUUUUUUUUAAAUGGUCAAAUGGGAGGUUAGAUUUAUUUUGACAAAUAUGAUUCCUUUGAUACUGAUCAAGAUAUUUUUGUACUGAAGUCUUUUUUUCAAUGUCUGUGAAUUUUACAGAUUUUAUACUGAUUAAAACCUGAAUGUUCACAUUUC